AUGCACGACAUGGAAAUUUGCGGAUUUCUCUACAUUAAAUCUACGGGGAAAAGAUACGUCGCACAAAGGGUGAGGAAGAGGGCUUUAGCCCUGUCGAAGGUAUGGAAACGCCUAUGGUGCUCGGUGAAAAUGUUGGGAUCCGGUCUCGGCUUACAAGUGCAGUUUGAUCAGAAACUCAGCUGUCACGACAAUGCUUUGAAGCAAAACGAGAAGGACAGCUCAGUAGUGAUACCACCGAGUGCUAUUGUACAUCGUAUUCGAUCCAGAACGAAGCAAUUCGCGUUUAGUAUAUCAUUGGCAGCGGAUAGGAAGCCUCUAUUAUCAUUGUCCGCUAAUUCGGAAACUGAGACACAGCGUUGGAUGGCAAAUAUCAGAUACUUGUUGAAACCCAGAAGGCACUAUUGCAUUGAAAGAUCGUACGAUGUAUCCAUGGUUGAUAACGCACAUUCGAAGGCAGCAGGUUUAAUUGGUUUAUAUGGAGAUCUGGUCGCCAACCAAAUGGGAAUUUUUAUUAGAAAUGUUCACACAGGCGAGAUAACCAAAACUUUCAAAUGGAAGGAAUUCAGUCAAUUCCAUUUAAUGACAGCAGGUCGUCCAGAAGAUGUAAAACGUAUUUGUGUAAUACAUACCAGCAAAGAGUUUUGCUGUGGCAUUGGAGAACUCUAUAUAUUCUGUCUUGACGCUAAUAAAUUGCUGCAAGACUUGGUAACACAGGGUCGUGGUCCAAAACACAGACAAAAAUCUUUACAUUCUGAUGACGAGAAUCUUGAAAUGAAAAAACACAAUGAAAUCAAUAGUCUUUCUUCACAGUUAAAGAGUGAUACAUCUUGUAUACUCGAUACAGAUACUAAUUGUUUAAGAACAUCGAUCAGCACUAAAGUUGUGGAAAAUGCAUACCAUUCAGAACCUAAUCUGAUGUACGGUGAAAAAUUUUAUUCCUGUAACCAGAGAACAUCCAAUACUUCUAUUGCUUCUGGAAUUUAUGAAGAAAUUGUGGAUGAUAUUUGUUCUCCAAAAAUAUCAUUUACUUCCAAUAAAUAUAAGGAUACAGAUAAAAUUUCGUGCAAUUUGCAAAUGGAACCUCCAGCAUUACCACCACGACAGAAGCAUAGACCAGAAUACGUAGAAGAAGAUAGGAUGGAUACAGAACGGUAUUCUCAUCAAGAAAUUUCCGGUUCUUUUAAAUCAAGGCUACAAAAUACAAAAUGUUUGCAAAGAAUUACUCUUACAGAUUAUUCUAGUUACGUUCCGAUGUCACCACAAUUGAGAGACAAUAUGCGUAAGUCUGAUGGUUCGGAAAAUUCAAAAGAAAAUGACUAUGUAAUUAUGCGAUAAUAUUAUAUGACAUAAGUAUGUGGGAGAAUCAAUAUAUACCUCAAUUUUUUAGGAUGAUUUAUUGAUUCACCUAUCAUAAUUGAAAAAAGGAUUAAGAAAAAAUCUAAUA